CCAGACGAGGCUCAGCCCCGGGAGCAGCCGAGCCGCCCCGCCAGCCCCGGGAGCAGCCUCCGGGCGGGCAGCCUCUUCGUCUCCCGCGCGGCGCACACUUGUCACUGGCCCCCGGCGGCGCGGCGCGCGCGGCCUCUUCGUCCUCCGUGCGGCACGCACUUGGCCUCGGCCCCCCGCGGGGCGGCGGCAGCGGCGGCGGCGCAGCGCGCAGGCGCGGUCGGAUUCCCGGCAGUGACGCGGCGGCGGGCGCGCGCAGCGCAUUUCCGCCUCUGGCGAAUGGCUCUGCUGUAGCGCGCGCCGCGGGCCCAGCUGCGACCCCGGCCCCGCCCCCGGGACCCCGGCCAUGGAAGACCUGUUCCCCCUCAUCUUCCCUUCGGAGCCAGCCCAGGCUUCUGGCCCCUAUGUGGAGAUCAUUGAGCAGCCCAAGCAGCGGGGCAUGCGCUUCCGCUACAAGUGCGAGGGGCGCUCAGCGGGCAGCAUCCCGGGCGAGAGGAGCACGGAUACCACCAAGACCCACCCCACCAUCAAGAUCAAUGGCUACACGGGGCCAGGGACAGUUCGCAUCUCCCUGGUCACCAAGGACCCUCCUCACCGGCCUCACCCCCACGAGCUUGUGGGGAAAGACUGCCGGGAUGGCUUCUAUGAGGCUGAGCUCUGCCCUGACCGCUGCAUCCACAGCUUCCAGAACCUGGGGAUCCAGUGUGUAAAGAAGCGAGACCUGGAGCAGGCCAUCAGUCAGCGCAUCCAGACCAACAACAACCCCUUCCAAGUUCCCAUAGAAGAGCAGCGUGGGGACUACGACCUGAAUGCGGUGCGGCUAUGCUUCCAGGUGACAGUGCGGGACCCGGCAGGCAGGCCCCUCCGCCUGUCGCCUGUCCUUUCUCAUCCCAUCUUUGACAACCGCGCCCCCAACACUGCUGAGCUCAAGAUCUGCCGAGUGAACCGGAACUCCGGGAGCUGCCUCGGGGGCGAUGAGAUCUUCCUGCUUUGUGACAAGGUGCAGAAAGAGGACAUCGAGGUGUAUUUCACGGGACCAGGCUGGGAGGCCCGAGGCUCCUUUUCACAAGCCGAUGUUCACCGACAAGUGGCCAUUGUGUUCCGGACACCUCCCUAUGCGGACCCCAGCCUGCAGGCCCCCGUGCGUGUCUCCAUGCAGCUGCGGCGGCCUUCGGAUCGGGAGCUCAGCGAGCCCAUGGAGUUCCAGUAUUUGCCAGACACAGAUGAUCGUCACCGAAUUGAGGAGAAACGCAAAAGGACAUAUGAGACCUUCAAGAGCAUCAUGAAAAAGAGUCCUUUCAAUGGACCCACCGACCCCCGGCCCCCGCCCCGGCGCAUUGCUGUGCCUGCCCGCAGCUCAGCCUCCGUCCCCAAGCCAGCUCCCCAGCCCUAUCCCUUUACGCCAUCCCUCAGCACCAUCAACUUUGAGGAAUUUUCCCCCAUGGUCUUUCCUUCUGGGACGAUCCCAAGCCAGACCUCGGCCUUGGCACCAGCCCCUGCCCCAGUCCUGGCGCAGGCCCCAGCCCCUGCCCCAGCCAUGGCAUCAGCUCUGGCCCAGGCCCCAGCUCCCGUCCCUGUCCUAGCCGCAGGCCUUGCUCAGGCCGUGGCCCCGCCUGCCCCCAGGACCACCCAAGCUGGGGAAGGGACACUGACGGAGGCCCUGCUGCAGCUGCAGUUUGAUGCUGAUGAAGACCUGGGGGCCCUGCUCGGCAAUAACACUGACCCGGCCGUGUUCACGGACCUGGCAUCUGUCGACAACUCUGAGUUUCAGCAGCUGCUGAACCAGGGUGUCUCUAUGGCCCCCCACACAGCUGAGCCCAUGCUGAUGGAGUACCCUGAGGCUAUAACUCGCCUGAUGUCAGGGUCCCAGCGGCCCCCUGACCCAGCUCCCGCUCCCCUGGGGGCCUCCGGGCUCCCCAACGGUCUCCUCUCAGGGGACGAAGACUUCUCCUCCAUUUCGGACAUGGACUUCUCAGCCCUUCUGAGUCAGAUCAGCUCCUAGGGAGGUGACACCUGCCCUGCCCGGAGCACUGGGUCACAGGGGAUUGAAGCCCUCCAAAGCAGGCACUUACGGAUUCUGAGGGUGUGUGCUCCAACUGCCCCCAACUUCUUUGGGUGACAUUUUCCUGGGGAGGGGGGCUGCAUUUUAUUCUUUUAUUGGCAGUAUCUAUAUCCUUUUGGAGGUGCUUUAGCAGAAGCAUUAACUUCUCUAGAAAGGGGGAACCUCAGAGGACUCACACACUUCUCUCAUCCUGAUGUUUAGCUCCCUUGUCUCUAGAGGGAACUCUGGGGGCUCCUGUCCCCACCCUCCAGCUUCUAAUACUCUCCUAGAGAGAAGCACAGGCUGGAGCUAUGGCCUUUGAGGCUGCAAAGCCUUAUUACCAAGUGUUCUCAAAUCAUGGAUGUACACCUUGAGCCAAAAUAAUGCCCUGUUACCAGCCCCUGUGGUGCUGGUAUUGUCCUUGUGCCUAACACCAGCGUUUGAGGGGCCAGCCUGCCUGCCCUGCAGAGGUCUCUGCCAGUUCUUUCCUUGCUCAUCUGGCUGAAAGGAACUGGUGGGACAGCACUGGCCCUCUCCAGACUCUGGGGAGGUUUGGUCUGCGACUUCUCGGUUCCCCCUUUUCUCAAGUGCCUUAAUAGUAGAGUUUGGAGAGUGGGGGGAGGGCAGGCUGGCAGCUCUCCAGUCAAGAGGCUCAGUUUUUACAGAAGAUUCAAAGCAGCUGGACUCUUGCUCUUUCUACUGUCAACUAAUAAAUUCAUUGCCAAGCUGGCCA